GAGGCUCGGCGGCGGAGGGAGCAGGAGAGAGCGGGGCGUCUGCUGCCGGGAUCACGGGCCUCUCUGCGGCUGCAAUCCCAACCCCCCACCGACGCUCAUCCGUCCGCUUUAAUAGCAGACCCGACGUUUUAAACGCCUUUCGUAACAUGCAGGCCAACGGGACAGGAGGACAAGAGCCGGAGGCGCAGUUGUCCUGUCGGAACGGAGAGUCGUCGACCUCCGCCGCGGGUGCUGUGCACUCGAACGGUCUGCAGUCCGCCGCUAAUAAUGGGCUGCCGUCCACCGAGAGUCCGACCUCCGAUGCCGGCCUAAAGAAGAAGAAACGACUGUCACAGGCCGACGAGGAUGUGAUCAGACUCAUAGGACAACACUUACACGGGUUAGGACUCAAUCAAACCGUGGACCUGUUGAUGCAGGAAUCUGGCUGUAGACUUGAGCAUCCUGCUGCCACUAAAUUCCGGAAUCAUGUGAUGGAGGGAGAGUGGGAAAAGGCUGAGAGUGACCUCAAUGAGCUGAAAGCACUGAUGCUUUCACCCAGUGCUGUUGUGCGGAUGAAAUUCUUGCUCCUGCAGCAGAAGUAUUUGGAGUAUCUGGAAGAUGGGAAGGUUCUGGAGGCUCUACAGGUGCUCAGAGCCGAACUCACUCCUCUCAAGUACAACACCGAACGGAUCCACAUCCUCAGCGGGUACCUGAUGUGCAGUCAUUCUGAUGAUCUGCGUGCUAAAUCUGAAUGGGAAGGGAAAGGGAUGGUCUCGCGAUCCAAACUCCUCGACAAACUACAGACAUACUUGCCCCCGUCUGUGAUGCUGCCGCCCCAUCGUCUGCAGACUCUGUUGCGUCAGGCGGUGGAGCUGCAAAGAGAUCGCUGUCUGUACCAUAACACCAAACUGGACAGUGGGCUGGACUCUGUGUCUUUGCUCAUAGACCACGUGUGCAGCAGGAAACAGUUCCCCUGCUACACCCAGCAGAUUCUGACCGAGCACUGCAAUGAAGUCUGGUUCUGUAAAUUCUCCAACGAUGGCACAAAACUGGCCUCUGGAUCUAAAGACACAACAGUCAUAAUAUGGCAGGUUGAUCCUGAAACUCACCAGCUCAAGCAGCUGAAGACUCUAGAGGGUCAUGCCUAUGGGGUUUCCUAUCUGGCCUGGAGUCCCGAUGACACGUAUCUGAUUGCCUGUGGCCCAGACGACUGCUCUGAGCUCUGGCUCUGGAAUGUUCAGACGGGGGAACUGAGAACCAAAAUGAGCCAAUCCCACGAAGACAGCUUGACCAGUGUGGCCUGGAACCCAGACGGCAAGCGUUUCGUUACCGGAGGUCAGAGAGGCCAGUUCUACCAGUGUGAUUUGGAUGGAAAUCUGCUUGACUCGUGGGAAGGUGUCCGUGUGCAGUGCCUGUGGUGUCUGAGCGAUGGGAGAACAGUGCUGGCCUCCGAUACACACCAGCGCAUCCGCGGGUACAACUUUGAAGAUCUGACUGACAGGAACAUCGUUCAAGAGGAUCACCCCAUAAUGUCCUUCACAGUGUCAAAGAAUGGAAGAUUAGCUCUGUUAAAUGUUGCCACUCAGGGAGUUCAUCUGUGGGACCUCCAGGAUCGCGUGUUAGUCAGGAAGUAUCAAGGUGUGACUCAGGGCUUCUAUACCAUCCACUCCUGCUUCGGCGGAUAUAACGAAGACUUCAUUGCAAGCGGUAGUGAAGACCACAAAGUUUACAUCUGGCACAAACGUAGCGAGCUGCCCAUAGCCGAGCUGACGGGUCACACACGCACGGUGAACUGUGUGACCUGGAACCCUGCGCUCCCGGGCCUGAUGGCCAGCGCUUCAGAUGACGGCACUGUAAGAGUCUGGGGUCCAGCCCCUUUUCUGGACUCUCAGGAGACAGAAGUGCUAAAUGCAAACUGACAGCACUACAGAUCAGCAUUAGUGAGUGCCUCUGUGAUCGAGCCUCAAAAUGCAAUAGCAUGGACAGUUGAUGUUGACCCUGGAGCAGAUGUCCACUUUGGAAAAUUUACAGUGGGACACACUAUAGACUUUCUGAAUGAAGAAUGAUGAAAAUGAAGUAAAAGAAACAGCAGAUGGAUGUUUUUCUGGCGGUUUCACAUCCCCCACCCUCAGCAGGGCGGCAGCAUUAGUAGCGAGAGAUGCCGUUUCACUUGAAUAAAAAGAAGCUGGCUGCUGCCCUUCACCAUCUGACUUUAGACCCGCGUGGCACCGUGAAUUGGUCACGCCACACGCCUCACCGAGGACAUGCCCACCUCGGUCUAAGCUUUCUACACUGCAUCCUGAGUGGACAACUGCCUCCUGAACCCACACGCACACAAACAAACACCAUUAAAUUAUUUAUUGCGGCUUUAAUUUAUUCAUGUGAACGAAUCAAGGCCGCAGGCUCGCUUUUUGUUUUGUACAAUAUACACUCAAUGAGCGGACAAAAAAAAGUUAUUCUGGCAUGUGUGAACUCCGAACCAUGUCAGGCCGUAAAAUUUGGGCAGGACAGUGACGUGGUCUCAAGAGACAUCCACAUUGACGGAGGUGAACAAAUCAUAUCUUUAUUUUUCAGCAUGAACUUGUGCGCCCUUUUAGCCACCUCUGUGAUAAUGUAUGCUUGAAAGUGUCUUCACCAGCAGAGAUAUACGAUAUUGUUUUCGUUUUCCUCCACGAAUUUUAAACAACUGAAUUUACAGCCAUUUUUUAACAGCUAGAUUUCAUUCUUUCGUUUAGAUUAGAAAACCUAGACGUGAACCCACCUGCAGUUUUUUCCCCUCUUUCAUUGAUUAUGGUACUGUAUUCUAUUACUCUGUAAUGUUUAUGGUCAUUUCGAGAGGGAAACGAUUUUCUAGAGGUGAUGAAUUAUUCUUCUUUUUACUUGAGAUGAGCUGACAGUCGUCGCAGUGGAAAGUGGUUGGUUUUUUGGUAAAAGGGUUGAAAACUAACCAACAAGAGAGUCCGAGCCAUGUCUGAGUAAAUGGAGGCCUGCUUAGAUUUACAGCAUGCUAUGCAUUCUGCUUACAACAAACAAAUGUGCUAAUCUCAUAUUCUAGAGUAACACCACAUGUAAAUAACGGCCUUCCGUGUGCAUACUUUGCUAUUGUAAGUGGCUAAUAGGUGUUUCUAAGGUUAUAUUUGCAGUGAAUGUAUUGGCUCCUACUCUUGGAGAGAUGCUUGGGAAUUAAGAAUCGAAAGUUUUGGAUCAUGUUAAAUGUGUUGUUACGUUAAGUACAGUAUGCCAGCACGUGGAAUGGACUACCAAAUAUGUUUGGUCUGUUUUCGAUUAUGUUUGUUCCCCUGCCAUUCCACCGCAGUUAUAUUCCCCUAUUUGGUCCUCAGUGGUCUCCUUCCCUUUUUUCACAUUAUCGCAUUAAUUUCUUGACUUUUUUUGUUUUUUUGGAUACGUAUAUGAAUAAUCAUCGCUUAUGUUUUUUGUUUUAUCGCUUUUAUUUUGAAUUCAUUCAUAAUUUGUUUCACUCCUUUAUUGCGUUGUCUUUAUGAUCGUUUAUAAAAGAUGUCUUGGCAAGUGGCCUCGUAACAGCUUUUUCUAUAUGUAAAUUUAUUAUACUUUCGAACCAUAUUAAGCAUUACUACGCGCAGGUGUACCAUAUAAUAAUUUAGGUAUUCAGAGUGUUGUAAGUUUUCAAUCGAGCAAAAGAAACUUUACCUUCUUUGAUUUUCUUCUGUAAUGACUUUUCUUCAUAUAUAUAUAUAUAUAUAUAUAUAUAUAUAUGUAUAUAUGUAUAUAUGUAUAUAUGUAUAUAUGUAUAUAUGUAUAUGUAUAUGUAUAUAUAUAUAUAUAUAUAUAUAUAUAUAUAUAUAUAUAUAUAUAUAUAUAUAUGUAUAUGUAUAUGUAUAUGUAUACUAUAUAUAAUGAAGAAACUAUAGAUAUAUAAAUGGAUAUAUACAUGUGUGUGUACUUUUUGCCAUGUAUCCUCCAUACAAUGUUAACCGUUUCUCACCUGCAUCAGGUAAGCUCCUCUGUUCAGGUUACUCGUACCCCGACCAGCCAAACCUGUUCCCUUACUGAGGAGUGUCGCACACAAAUGAAAAAAAAUUUGAAAGCAGGUGCAUGCAGAAACACGCCCUCACAAAUGCGCGACUCAACCAUGAAGAUAUCACAGAAUUGUGGUGUUGUAUGUUCUGGUUUAUGCAACUUAACUUUUCUUUAUCUUAUGAAUAUUUGUGUUUUAUUUGAUGUCUUAGUUUGACUUUCUUGUGCUACGAGGGCAAACGCUAUGAGCCAGUGGGGUAAAAGUAGCGCUUUGGGGGAGUUUCUGGGCAAUGACUAAGUUUAUUGCAGUCAAGUUCUGAGAGAUCUGUUUUGCAUUUCAGUGUGUUAAUAUUCUAAGUGAUUGUACUAUUAUGUAAUGUUAUGUAGGAGAGGUGUUAUGUAUACAUUCAAUAAAGCAUUCAGGGUUUUAAACUGUUCAAA